CAUCAUGUCACACGAUUAUUCGACUUGAUUACGAUUACAGUGGUCCCGGCUGUUUCCCCAAAAAGACUGGGGCCCAACGCGCAUCGCAGUAUAUGGAUUCCUGUCCCCUUUUCGAAACUAACUUUGUGUCCCAAAGAUAGAACUCAUGAUUGGCUCCUUCUGGAACCUCUGUCGUGCUUGCCCUUCGAUGCCUGUCGAUAAGCUUCACUCUGAAUAUAGGAGCACAUAUCGAUGGCACGAAUAUACGGGGCCAAGACAAGAAGUUGUUAGGAAACCACCACAAACUGAUAAACCCAGCGACAUAAGUGCUACAAGAAAUAACGAUGACGACUUUCACACUACUGAAUCAGUGUCUAAACCGGAACCAGCGAUGCCUAGAAGAAAAAAAUAUCCAGAUCUAGCCUACCGGCACCAUGAGUUCUUGGUGGGUGAUGGAACUAAUGAUGUUAAUAGUGCUGAUAGAGCUAGGUCGGAAGAGCGAAACGGGGGCGAGUGGAAACCUUCGAGGCGUAGCAAGUCAGAAGGUCCUGCGCGGAAUGGCGUUCAAGGGGACGCCGCUGUCCCGACUGGCGAUAGGGAUUGGGAACGUCGCAGGGAAUCCGAUCCUGAUAAGGAAAACACGAUUACGGGACACCAAUCCAGACGCGAAGCUGCUGGUUCAACGCCCAGGAAGAGCCACUCAAUGGGAACUUUGAAAGCGAGAGCCCAAACCAACGCCAUGGUACAUAAAAAUAGAAUCCACUUGGAAAACAAAGAUGCUAGCGAACUGGAGCCUUUAGUCGACGAUAAGAGUAAUAGAUGCCGAGAGGAGUUCAACAGCGAAUACAAGAAGAAAUUUAGACCAUUUUCUCAUUAUGAAAAUACGGAAAAGGGAUUGUCUACGAGAGGGAUGGAUGCCACAGACGAAGUUAGAAAAAAACUCACCGAAAACGACAAAACUUGGUAUAAAGAAGUAGUUGAGCUACGUAAAAAAGCCGGAGAAUACAAAAGCCGAGGAUGGGGAAGCGAACUUGCACCUGAACGUCUUACAGAUAUUUACAAUAAACAGAUAGAAUUGUGGGAUCAAGUUUCAAGGAGAAGUUCCUUAUCAGCACUCUCCCUAGCUUCUAUGACUCAUAAAAAUUACACUAAAGAAGAGAAAGAUGAUGACAAUAUUAGAAAGAGUUCUCCUACCAAGGACUAUAGAAAUGCUGAAAAUUCUGCACGAAUGAUUAGAGACAUUAUACGACACCAUUUAGAACGAACAACAGGAGGUUCAGAACUAGAUGGACUUAUCCUAUCACCUACUAGAGAAAAAUUAGAGCCUACAAUACCACGAAGAGAUGACGAUUCGAGAGGUUCUCAGAAAAACAGCCCUAAGAAAUGUUCACCACUAAAGUCUUCAUCUUUAAAAAGAGCUAACCCCAAAACGAAACAAGGGGGACUCAAGAAACUUCGAUCGCAAUCUGUAGGACCGACAACUGACAGUAACGUGGAAAAGCGAUCUCCAAAACGUCAAUCUAGAUCUACCACAGCUAAGGAGGGACGAAAACCUUCAACUGAAACGCCUUCGACGACUAAGAGACCAAGACCUUCAUCCCUCAACACCACUGUCUCAUCCCGAUCUAAAUCCAGUUCGGUUCUAACAAAAAAUGAAGACGAUAGAUUGGCCAAACCGUUACAAAACCAAAAAAGUAUAGAUACGUCUAAGCAAAAUCAAAAUGUAGCAACAAAAGAUACAAAAGGAGUUCAUUCAGCUGAUCAAGUGAAAGGUGCUGAAAAUUCUAUAGAUCAUAAGAAUACUUCUGCUAAUGAAGACUAUGACAGCCUAAACUAUGAACCAAUAAUUAAAUCACCUCCAGAACCAACCAGAGUGAAGUCUCCCGAACAGAUAAUAAUGCGUUCCCCUGAUCCAGUAAAUUGGACAGUGCCUUUGGAUACCGGAAAAACCUUUACCGUUACACAGAAUGUUAGAGAAGGGGACAUCGGAAGCAGACCCCACAGUGAAGUAAAAGUCUGGACGCCCCCAGAUGUACCACCACCUGUGGCUCAAUCAGCGCCUCCUACACUUAUUCAACAGUCGAAGGAAACUGCAGGCUUUUCUUAAAUGACCUGAGUUCUGCUUACCAUUCAUUAUUGAUUUGGUUAUUGCUUUAGUAUUGAUUUUUCAGCAGAAGCAAGAACUUGGGCAGAGGCCAGGGCCAUCGCUGCACAGUUUAAAUACUUUGUGUACGAAGUAGAAUCAUAUUUUAGAAGACCUUCAUUUGCCAGGACCUAGGAAUCAUUUUGAUUUCACUAGGAGGGGUGAACAGUUGAUCAGUGUGAAGAUAGCACCAGGAUCAGAAGCCCGUGAAACUCUUUGCAGGGUAGUAGGCAGAACUUUCGAUACUUACUGUUCAACUAACUUUUUUGUAAAACAAGCCGUGUUACAUCUUUAUUUGAGACCAAUUUUAAUAUAAAAAUGUAUCAUGGAAUUUGAUAAAAUAACUAUUUGCGGUCCUUAUUUAGCAACUAAGCUCAGCUUUACCUUUGUAAUUGUAGUAGUUCAGUAUAUUUAGGGAUAUGUGUACGAAUAUAUUAAUCAAAAUAUCUUUAAUAACGUGUUUCUACCAUAUAGUCCUAGUAGGUCCUAAUAAAAAUUUUAAAUACAUAGCAUAUUACAUAUGAUACCUAUAUCAGCAUUUGCAUUCCUUUAUCUGUACAUAUAAGAAAUUCACUAUACAUCCUCAAUAAACUUAUUAAUCUACUAGGCGAAUUGGUGAAAAUUUUCUGUCUUGGGAAGCUAGUGUUUCGCUAAGAUCUACUUUAAGGCAUUCAUAAAAAUUAUUUUGCUAGUUUUGUACCUAUUGAUCUUGAGCAAAUUGCAAUUUUUUUCUAAAUAUACUGGUCUACAAAUGCUUAACAUUUGUUCCUUGCGUCCAACAGUUAAAACCGAAUCCGUCAAAAAAUUCGCAGGAAUCUUUUGUUUUUCUAUUCCUUAGCCAGGGCCACCAGACGUCCCAUUUUUACAAAAAUAAAAAAGUAUAAUUGUUAACCAGUACAUACAUUCAUGUUUCUGCCAAACAAUAUAAAGCAACAUAUAAAUAUGAUUGAUAUUCAUAUAUUUUGUGUAGAUGCGUAUGCUUGCAAAAUUUUUCAUUCAUUUAGUGUACGUUGUACAUCGAAUGCACUUGUGUAUUAUUUUGAUUGUAGAUUUCGAAAUUACAUCGUCUUUGUUUCAAUGGUUUCACAAAAUUUCAAUAAAUUCCAUGUCGAAUGUUCAAAAGUAUACAAACAUUGUGAAAUUACUAACACCAAGACAAUGACAGUUAAAAAUCUGCAAUCAAAAGUAGUAGCGUUGUCUACAACCUUUAAACAAUCGCUGUGUAUUAUUUUAUUAAGUCGAAAUUAAAGAAAUGUUAUAUAAA